AUGGAAGGUUAUGGUGGAAUAGACCUGAUUUCUGGCUUGCACACACAAGGCAGAUGGAAAAAUCAGGAAUGUGGUUAUCAUAUUAAUUAUUUGGAACUCCUUGCAGUUUUUUACUGCAUGCAAGCAUUUUACAAUGAAUUUUGUGAUAUUCAUAUUGAGAUUCAUUCAGAUUCUGUUUCAGUGGUAACUUACAUAAAUAAUUUUGGUGGUAUGAAUUCUUUGGAAUUAGAUGACCUUUCAAAAUGUUUAUGGGAAUGGUGUUUAAGUAGAAAUAUAUAUAUUUCUGCUGUACAUGUCCCUGGUAAAUUAAAUAAAAGUGCUGAUUAUUAUUCUAGAAAUUUUUCAGAUUCCACUGAAUGGACAUUGAAAAAAGAUAUUUUUGAAAGAUUAUGUAGACACACAUUUAUGCCUAACAUAGACCUUUUUGCUUCUAGACUUAAUAAUCACUUACCUAAAUUUGUUUCAUGGUUUCCCGAACCAGGGGCUUACGCAGUUAAUGCUUUUUCAUUAUCAUGGAAGGAUAUGAUACCAUACAUCUUUCCUCCAUUUAAUUUAAUUGGGAAAGUACUAAAUAAAAUUGUUAUUGAUGAGGUUGAUAGAGCUCUAAUGGUUGUUCCUUUUUGGUUCACACAACCUUGGUUCCCUAUUAUACUUGAAAACCUUUGUGAUUUUCCUAUCAGGUUACCCAGACACAGAGAUCUUCUAGUUUUGCCGCACAAUGGAACAUUACACCCAUUAGGAAGAAAAUCAAAAAUGAUUGGAGUGGUGUUAUCAGGGAAAGCCUGCAGAGUAAGGGAAUUUCAUCAAAUGUUGCAGAUUUCAUCGCAGAAUCUUGGUCACAGGGCACAAGAAAACAGAAUAGCAGUGCCUGGAAAAGAUGGUAUAUGUGGAAUUCUAUUAGAUGUUCCAGUCCAAUUUGUUCGUCUGAAGGUGUAG